CACACACACACACCCCUUUUUCUAGCCCUUAGCAAGUUUCGGAAUGAUGGCGGCGCCGGCGCCGUUCGACGGCGGCGAUGACUUUCAAGAAGAGGAUAUCUGGGCUGUGAUGAAGCCCAGAGAUCAUGAUCAGCUCUCCUUCAAAACAAGAAAGAAUUUUUCCGGUUCUCCGUCGUCUGCAUGGCGCUUCUCCGACACCUCAAGAGGCAUACCGAGAUCCACCUCCGACUUGGUGCCGCCACCUCAGCAGUCGUCAGCUCCGGUCAACGUCCCCGACUGGUCAAAGAUUCUGAAGAAGCCGGCGCCGGUCAAAAGAAACCCACGCGGCGGCGACGACGACGACGACGAAGAUGAUGAAACGAGAGUCCCACCACACGAGUACUUGGCGAGGAGAUUGGCGAGCACGCAGAUUGCUUCGUACUCAAUGUGUGAAGGUGUUGGAAGAACUCUCAAAGGAAGAGAUCUUAGCAAUCUCAGGAACGCCAUUUUAACCAAGACUGGUUUUCUUGAAUAAAUUAAUCAUUUUAUUAAUUAUUAUUGCAUGAUCAUCACCACCUUUUAGCAUUUUUAUAUUUAAUUUAAUUUUGGGGUUUUGUGUGUGUGUGUGUGUGUGUGUGUGGAUGGUCCUUUGUGUAGUAGUAGUAAAUGGAGUGUGGAUCGAACCAAGACCGAAAAAUCUUGGUUGUCAGAACUCCCCUUUUUGGGCUUCUUUUAGGUAGUACUAUUAUUAUUUUAUUAUUAUUAUUAUUAU